CGGUGAUUGGCCCCGAGAUCCUCCUGGGAGCGAAACCGCGACAAUGAACAUUGCAAAGGCCUUCCUCGACGAGAUUCUAGCGCUUUCAUCUUGGGCGGCUGCGGUGCUACCGAGUGCACACUCAGGUAAACGCCCAACCACCGCCGCACCACGCCGCAAAGGAGGCUGCAUCGGGGCGGCAAGCGGCCAAGUGCGGUGCUUAAGCAACCUCGGAGGCGAUCGCGGUGCGCCACACAUCAAAAUUGCCUCCAAGCGAGAGCGACUCGUGGGACAAGCAAGGCACUAUCCACGCUGCCCGUCCACCACAGCCAGCGCGAUGGAAGCUGAAAUCAGAGCUCAAAUCCCUAACAUCGACCCCAUCCUGUCUGACUACUCGGUCGGCUACCUGACCCAUGCCUCCAAUGCAUUCACGUCCGACUUGGACCCCAAUGCCCCUUCUCCACUUGAGGAAGCCGCCGCAACCGUGGCUGCCCUGCUCCUGUCCGCUUCGGGUGACCUAUCCAGCCAGAAUGAAACAAACAUCCAGAAUCUCGUCGACAAGUUCAUCUCCCGUUUGAAUGCAGCAAAUGGAAGUGAUGGCAAGCGCCGCCAGAUGGCCCCGUCGGCCAAAAAGCUGGAUCAGGCAAUCCAUGUAGGCUCGCAGAGGAAUAUAUCCUCGACCCUCGGUCUGACCGGCGGCGGUGUUGAUCUCGAGUCCGCAAACACUCGCAAAGUCGAGUCUCGAGUCGACCGCAAGAAGCUCGAGAAAGCCGAACGCAAGCUGCGUGCCAAGCAAGACCGCAAGGUGUUCAAGAACGUCGAGUAUGAGGCCUCGAGACUACUCAACCAGCCCGAUGAGACGCAGAGCUAUGAAGAGUUCUACAUGGCCGUCAACCCUCUACAGCUAGGCUCUGACUCUAGCUCUAAGAGCAAAGACAUUAAGAUUGAUAGCUUCGACAUCUCCAUUGCCGGAAAAAGGAUAUUGACUGAUACUGGCCUGACCCUAGCAUAUAGCCGUCGAUACGGUCUCGUAGGUCAGAACGGUAUUGGUAAAUCUACGUUGCUUAGGGCUCUCAGUCGCCGAGAAGUUGCAAUCCCUACCCACAUUUCGAUUCUACAUGUGGAUCAGGAGAUUACCGGAGAUGAUACCCCGGCUCUCCAAGCAGUCCUUGAUGCCGAUGUUUGGCGCAAGCAUCUCCUAAAGGAACAAGACAAAAUCACCAAAGAGCUGGCGGAGCUCGAGACCGAGCGAUCCACUAUGGCGGAUACGUCUGCAGAUGCCGCGAAGCUGGAUGCGCAACGUGAGGGCUUGGAUGUCACCCUCAGCGACAUCCACGCUAAGUUGUCCGAGAUGGAAUCUGAUAAGGCUGAAUCUCGGGCAGCCAGCAUUCUUGCCGGUCUAGGUUUCUCGGCUGAGCGGCAGCAGUUUGCCACGAAGACGUUCUCUGGUGGAUGGAGAAUGAGAUUGGCUUUGGCAAGAGCCUUGUUUUGUGAACCUGACUUACUCUUGCUCGAUGAACCGUCCAAUAUGUUGGACGUCCCAUCCAUUACAUUCUUGUCUAACUACCUCCAAGGCUACCCUAGCACUGUUUUAGUCGUCUCUCACGACAGGGCUUUCCUUAACGAGGUUGCUACAGACAUUAUACACCAACACUCGGAGCGGCUAGACUACUACAAGGGUGCCAACUUUGACUCCUUCUACGCGACGAAAGAGGAACGUCGGAAGACGGCGAAGCGGGAAUACGAGAAUCAAAUGGCCCAACGCGCGCAUCUACAAGCCUUUAUCGAUAAAUUUAGGUACAAUGCCGCAAAGUCAUCUGAAGCUCAGUCUAGGAUUAAGAAGCUCGAGAAAAUGCCGAUUUUGCAGGCGCCGGAGGCUGAGUACAGUGUGCACUUCAAGUUUCCAGAAGUGGAAAAGCUGUCUCCCCCUAUCAUUCAGAUGAGCAAUGUUUCGUUCGGCUAUAGCAAGGACAAUAUAUUGCUCAAGGGGGUGGAUCUCGACGUCCAGCUCGAUUCACGUAUCGGUAUCGUUGGCCCGAACGGUGCUGGUAAGACGACGGCAUUAAAGCUUCUCAUCGGCGCCCUCCAACCUACGUCCGGCCUGAUAUCCCAGAACCCUCGUCUUAGGAUGGGAUUCUUUGCACAACACCAUGUCGAUGCGCUAGACUUAAACGCAAGCGCGGUGGGUUUCAUGGCCAAGGAAUUUCCGGGGAAGUCGGACGAGGAGUACCGCCGCCACCUAGGAGCAUUUGGUAUCACGGGGAUGACGGGACUGCAGAAGAUGGAACUCUUAUCCGGAGGUCAAAAGUCUCGUGUUGCAUUUGCAUGUUUGUCCCUAACGAACCCUCACAUCCUUGUCCUCGACGAACCGUCGAAUCACUUGGAUAUCGAAGCGAUGGACGCGCUCUCUGAAGCGCUGCAGAAGUUCCAGGGCGGAGUUCUCAUGGUCAGUCACGACGUCACUAUGCUGCAGAACGUUUGCACGAGCUUGUGGGUGUGCGACCACGGUACGAUCGAACACUUCGACGGCACGGUGAAGGAUUACAAGCGCAGAAUCACCGCUCAAGCAAAUGAAGCGGGCGUUGCUUCCAGUGCAAACGGCUUGUCCGUCCCAGUCGCUCCUUUGUCUCCCCACGCCAACCAUCGCGACGACGACUCCCGCCCGCCUUACUCCGUCACCGCGCCCACCGCCGACCACGCAGUGCUGACAACUGCCGGCGAAUCACCGUACCCCCCUCCCUUCUCCUCCCUCUACUUCUCCCCUGACGACCCUGCCGAGGACCCAAACAAGGCUUGCGAUACCGCCUCGCCAGACGAGUCUCCUCCGGCGUUUGCCCCUGCACCCCCGUUUACCGAGUCUUCAUCCUCCGCUGCCGCUGCCGCCGUUGCUGAAACCAAGGCUGCCCUCCCGCGCGACACCAAGGAAGGAUCUAGCAGUAAGGAUAUCGACGACGGAGAGCCGCCGCCACCAUACAGCGAAGGAUCAAGCCCGCUCGAAUCGUUCACAUACGUCAUGGCAUCUGCAGGAGGCCCCGCAAGUAUUAUCACCCAGGUCUCACAACAGAGCGGCGGACCGCCAAUAAACACCCUCGGGGGCUCUGACGAGAACAUCACGUUGGAACUAAGGGGAACUCGAUUCACCCUCUCCCGAGACGAACUUCUGACCUUGCCUGAAUUCGUACUCUUAUCUCUAUUUCCUAAUGGCCUUCUUCCAGACGGCCAUAUGAACUCGUACCACGAUGGUGAUGUGUACCCAGUCGAUGUUUGUGCCCCCGAUCUCUCCUCCCCUGCCCCUGGCAAUAUGCGCGCCAAUUCCAUUCAAAUGAUCCUCUACCACCUCUCCAACCCUGCAUUAUAUCUAUCUGACAAUAUCUAUUCCUCUCAGUACGACCCUCAAUCGCUCCAAUACAUGCUGGAGUUCUUCCGAAAUGUAGCCCAAACCAUUCCUACCUCGCCCCCGUCCCCAGCCGCAACCCCAGAUCAUCCUGCCGAAGCGGUACCGAUCGAACCAAUGCACGGCUCCGCGAGAGACAUGCUGCAGGACAGAGCUGGCAUAAUCGUCCUCCGGGAAGAUCUCGACUUCUAUGCCAUCCCCCCGCGCCGCGAUAUCGACCAGCCGGAAAUGAUCGAGGUCAAGCGAGCUGCUGGCGAAGCGUUGUUGAAGCAGGAUGGAAUCUUCUCGGGGUUGCGCAAGAGUGAGGAACCGGGCACCACUGAGCAGCACCUCAUCGAGAUGUUGACCGCGGGCGGUUUCAAUCACGAUGAUCGGUGGGGACACCGAGCCGGCGAGCCCAACAAGGCCGUGAUUUGUAGCAUUGCAUUAGCAAGGCUGAGGACCGACAUCAAAGGCAAUGACCUUGCGAACAGCAACGCUGUCGGAAUGGCCCAGAAGCUUCUUCUCUUCUGGAGAAAACCAGCUCGACGAUGCUGGUGGGAAGGCGUUGAACUUGAAAACGUGAAAGGCGUGGAAGGGGGGAAACUGAAAGUUUGGAUUCGACGAGUCUGGACGCUCGAAAUGAGCGUCAUCGGGUUACGUUAACCGGUACAUUCACAUUUCCUUUGUCACCAGCGCGUCUUUUUCAACAAACUCCAUAUUCCGCAUUCUCUUCAUCGACAGCUACACAGGCCAUCACCAUGUCAUUCUUGUCAUUUUCCCCUGUAUCUUGGAAACAAAAGCCAGGCUCUAAGGGUUCUAGGAUGAUGAGCGAGUUUCUUCUUCUUUCUGUUUUUGAUACCUCAUCUCUUCCCUGUGCUGGAUGGAUGUUUCGAACCCCUGACUACCAAAGGCAAACGCCCGGUUUUCAAUUGCAAGCGGCAUUAUCAUCAUGGACGGCGAUUAUCCAGCAAAGACUGUUUGAUUCUGGAAGAGAUUUGUUAUAAAGAAGGGUACGGUGGUAGUAGUACAUAAUUCUGUUGUGCAGUAGACUGAACAUAUCCUCAUGGCUUGUAGGGCUGUAAUACUUGUCGAGCAGUCCUUGGCCGUGGUUAUUUUUACUCG